GAUCGUUGCUUCCUCGAUUCACGCGGAUGGAACGAACGGGAACGUAACGGUCGGCCGCGAUGCCCCGCUGAUGUCGUAGCGUACUUGACGCGUCGCGGGAGAAGAGACGACGCUAUUUACGGUCGAGGAAGUACGCGCGGAAGGCACGCGGACGCGGGAAGACGUCAAACGCGGCGUCGCUCUUCCGUCGCGAUAACGGGCGGAAAAAUAAAAAGUGCCAGCGAGCAUACGCUUCCGCGAUCCGCGCGUGGAAAGGCGAGCAUGAUUUAUUUCGGCACAUGGUAAUUUCGGGACCGCGCGAGAAUAAGAGAGACAGAGAGAGAGAGAGGAAGCGAGGAAUCGGAGGAGGGGAUGGACUCGCGAGAAAAAGAGUGGCCGCGGGAUAGAGCGGAGAAUAAAGCCCGCCGCGCUUGCCGUCAGUGAUUCACGUCGCGAGGAAACGGCCGUUGCGAGACCGCGCUCGUUCCUAAAUCGCGAUCACGAAAAUCGACGGGGAUCUCUGUCACUGAGACGAAUAAAGAUAAAUAACGGAAAUCGCGGAUAGACUUUCAGAUAGGUGUGCGUCGAGAUGUUUGUGUGCUCGUACAUGUACGUGUGUGCUCGAAACGGGAAGUAAAAGUACGCGUGUUCUGAUUUCGAAUACGCGAUUCCCAACGAGAGUUCAGAUUAAAGUUAUACGCUUCAGAGACGAUUUAAUUGUUGGAGAGUCGAUUGCGACGAAACAGAUCGACGAUUACGCCGACGUCGUCACAGUGGUAAUCAAACCUUGCGUUAUGAAUCAAGUCCGACUCGGCGAUGUCCGACAAUCAACGAAAGACAAGAAAGGAAGUGAGUGAGACGAUCCGAAUGAACGAGAGGAUCAGGUAUACGAGAAUUAUUACACGAAUCGCUCGACGGAGACAGAAAAAAUAUCGUCCUCCUGUCAAUUUGUAAUUGGACGGACUUCUACACCAAGUCCUCGAAGCGGAAUCGAGCGUCUUCAGGUUCAAGCCUUAAGGAUGGACGACCUGGUGUGCACCUAGGGACACGGCGAUAAGAAACAACGCGGAGUGCAAAGGACGGGCGUGCGAUAAUCCCGCGCGAACUCGCCGACUAGUCAUCGAUCGACCACGAGACCGUGCGCCGCGACGCCCUCUCCUCGCCUUGCUCUCUGCUUGAUCGUCCCCACCUGUCUUGUCAUCCCCAGUCGUGUCAGACGUUUACGUAUCACGUCGGAAACACGCCUGGCGCGCUCUCUCCUUGUCCCUUUCUUACUCGCACCCCUCUCUCUAUUCCUUUCUCUCCAUCUCUCUCUUUCUGUUCUUUUCUCUCUUUCCUUCUCUCUCUCUCUCUCUCUCUCUCUCUUUGGAUCAUCCUUCCUUCGUGGAUUCUAUUUCUUCAACGUGCAAGUAGUGUCCGCGACGUCGUUGUCCGCGGGUAGUCUUGUUGCCAAAACAGACAGACAAAGGUUGUCUCUUAGGGCGCAGUAUCCGAGGUGGCAUCGACUCUGAAAGCUUCGUCGCCAAAACACGAGGUGCUGUCAGUGUUAGGUCGUUAGAUCGAGCAACAACGCGUCUGCCCGCGCAGUCUACGAAGAUGUGUCGCGGUGCGUUUCAACGUGCGCGUAAAAAAAAAUGAGUGGCUGAGUUCGCCGUGAGAUUCUUCAAGAUCUCGCGAGGAGGAUACUCAUCGAGUUCGAUGACGGUGCUACACAACCGGUCGAUACACUCUUCUUCCCGUGAUGCCGAUCGCUGGUGGCUCCGAAACGUUCGUGUGAUCCCCCUCUUACCGUAUAUUUGAACAAUCGCUGCAGACGAUACUCUGCGAGGGUGGAAGAAGAACGUCGAGGGACUGAAUUUUCGUCGAGAUACGCGGGGAUUAGCCCGGCAGAUAGAUACCGGGGAAAUUGCGACGCGACCCGGGGAACAAAGAGCUCUCUCUCUCUCUCUCUCUCUCUUUCUCUUCUGUCCUCGGUCGACGCGGGGAUUAUCGGUCUACAAGGGCGUCGGAGAGGAGCGGGAAAGUUUCAGGCAGAAAAACAAGUAGCGCGUAAAUCCUUCUAUCCAGUCGCGUCGGCGAUACGACUGAUGUCGAUACGACUACAACAGAGCUACACUACCACUUGUUCAAGCGGAUUCUCUCUCGUCGAUGAUCUCUAAUCUCAUCCAAAAACUGGAAGAGAUUCAUCCAGGUAGCAAAUCGCGCGAAUAAAUCACGCCGGAAAGAACUUGAUAAACGCACAAUGUUUUGUUUCCAAAGUCCCUUCACGCGAUCGUCGCGAAGCGUCGUGUCCACCGCGUCGUUAUCGACGAGCAAGAGCAAGUCGUCGCUGACCAACGCGAUCCUAUCGCCCACCGCUAAGACGUCCAACGCGACAGAGCGCAAUCGACGUGGCUCCGAGGCGACCAGCGAGGGCUCCAACUCCUCCAUCAGAUACAUCGAUCAGGAGGCCUCGAUGUCCGAUGGCAGCAGCACGGAUACUCUGCCGGGUAUCCGCGCCGAUUAUCUGGACUCUGAACCCCUGUCGCUCGGGGCGGACGCUCUGACGUCGCCGAGCGGAAUAACGGUACUUUUGAACGGCACCAAUGGCACCAACGAAGUACAGGACGAGAGUCAUCAGACCGCUUUACCGUCGCCGACAAAGAAGUCUAGCGGCAACGGUAGUAGCUGGCAUCGCAAACUCAUGCUACGUCUCCGUUCCACCGACUUUUCGAGCUUGAACAACGACGAGACACGCUCCUCCUCGACGUCGCCGUCGCCCGCGAGCGAAUCCACUAUGGAGUCCACCUCGUCUUGCUCGAGAAAUCCUCGCAGCGAUGAGAAUAGACAGGACGCCAACGCGACGGCGACAACCGUCUCGUCGCCGUCGGUGCAAAUCGACAUGGCCGGGAGUCCUCAAGCGGCCGCCGUCUCCAUCGGCGACAUACCGUCUCUGGAGAACGGUUUCAGCGAGGAGGAGAACGACGACGACGUAGACGAGGAGGUCGAGGAGGAUGAAGAAGAGGCCUGCAAUCUGGAGACUGAGACGGAGGACGGCUCGUCCCUGCCGUCCAGUCCAGCAGCCGCGUCCACCGUCGGUCUGACCUCUUCCGCGGUACCCUAUUACGAUUUCCUGUCGGUGAACGGCGGCGCGAUGCGACAGGAGACCACCAGCACCAGCUCGCCGCAGUUGUCGUCGGGCGCGAGUCUGCGAUCCAGCGUCGAAUCCCCGCCUGCCGACACCUGCAGCUCGUACGGCGAGGACAGCAGCCCGGGUAUGGACUCGCUGAAGCCCGAGGGCCUGGACGCGUCUGGUUGCUUGCCAGCCGCGAGAUCCUGCCCGAAUCUAGAGCGUCAGAGCGCGGGCUGCUCAUCGGCCAGCGGUUCUUCGAGUCCGAGUCCGAGUCCGGGCCCGGCCGGGCCCAGAUUCAAGCCGCUCGAGGAGGGCGACAUACAGGUGUGUUAUCUGAAUCAUACGCGCACCCUCGUGAGGAAGAUCCUGUCCAGCAAAUUCCUGCGACGUUGGGAGACGCAUCAUCUCUAUCUCAACGACGCCUGCCUGUCCUCCAAGACGCUCACGGGUUUUCUUCAACAACCUGUUCCGUAUAGCAGUAUGUCGGAGGUCCGAAAGUACGUUGUCGCCAGAUGGGAUCCCGCAUAUAAGAACUGUCUCAGCAUCGUUUUACCGGAUGGCUCGCUUCUUCUACAAGCCAGCAACGCUUAUACGAGGGACCAGUGGUAUCACUCGAUAUUAUGGAAAAAAAGCAUUUUCAAGUAUCAACAUCUGGUGUCCAUGAGCACCCGGGAAGAGGUGAUACUGCGCGAGUUGCGAAUCAUGGUAGAUUUUGCUCUGUGGACGCCACUCCAGGACGAGAGGGUGGCGGGCGCUCCGUUGGAGGCAGUGGCGAAACUUCUGGAGGAGCCCAACAUGGAUCCGGAUACAAACGCGAAGAUCGAGGGGAUCGCUCGCGAUCGCAGGAGCUGGGCGGAAGCCGUGCUUUCCGUAGUAGCGCCGCUUCUGGAAAAGGCAGCCCCACCGGCGGCCCUCGCGAGAGCGCUCGCCAGACUGGCACAGCAGCAUCCGCGAUCGCAACUCGUCCCGAUGCUCGGUCCGGCGAUCACGAGAUGCCUGAAACACACCGUUGACUUUGGCAAGUCGCCGGACAUGAGGAAGUUGCUGCAGGUUUUCGUCGCCGCUUUGUACGAGAACAAUGACGGCGAGCAGGCGAUCAGAGAUUACAUCUCGUCGGUCCACGGGCCGAGUAGCGAUUGCCCGCAUCCAAGGAUACUUCCUAAUCUCGUGUCCAUCUGCGUCGCGGCUAUAUUCCACAGGUUCGAAGUGUCGAGUCGCGUGUCGUCCAACGAAGAUAAGCCGCCGCCGUUGCCGCCGUUGCAGUGUUACUUGCUCGUAUUGAACAUCGCAUCGGAGUACGCCGAUUGGCGUCCGGGUCUCGGGGCGCUCUUGCAGCCCGUCCCGUUCCCGGAGGAGGCUCUGGCCAUGAGGGAAGUGCAGGAAUCCGUAUUAAUGUGCGUAAUGCAACGACUGGCAAAAGACCCGAGAUGCACGGUUCAUCGCGUUCUGCUGCCCGUCCGAGAACCGCGUCCAGGUUGGAUCCACAUCGCCGCGCCGUCCAGCCCAGCUUGUCCAGAUCGCGGAGAAUUGUUCGGCGAGAUGCUGACAACUCUGUUGGCGUGUUGCUGUCGACGAAAGAGGUUCAUUGCGUCUCUGCUAAAGCAAGCUGGGGACGAUUGCAUUUUAUUGGCGGUGCGAGGCUGCGACGCCGCGCAGGAGGCGCUCUGCUUGAUGCUCGAGUGGCGUUUACUACCGAACGAGGAAGCGAGACUUCAGAUAGUCAACGCGCUCGAGUCUACGGAAUCCGGGAAGGAACGCUACGCCGCUCUCUGCCAAAGGCAGAAGAAUCUACAGGAGCUGCAACAAAAGGGCGGACCGCGUAAGCUGACGCUACCGGUACGUGCGACCGAUGCCGAUGUCGCCCUUCUGCUGGGAGGUCGCGCCCUCGGUAAUCUCGAGUGCCUCAGCUUAGCCUUCACCUCCGUGACAUCCGCGUGUGCGGAACAGCUGAUUAAGCUGCCGGCGCUACGAUAUUUGAAUCUAUGGGCCACGCAAUUCGGCGACGCCGGCCUACAAAUGAUCAGCGAGCAUCUGCAGAAGCUACAGGUGCUGAAUCUCUGCGAGACGCCCGUAUCUGACAAAGGCAUCUCUACGUUGGCCUCAUUAACCAGCCUAAGAAAGCUGAAUUUAAACAGCACGAAGCUGUCAGCCCAGACAUUCGAGUCGUUGAAGAAGCGAUUGCCGGCUCUGCAAGAAUUUGACGUUCGAUACACGGAGGCCUGGUGACCCGAGGUUACAUUCAGCACCUCGCCCAUCGACGGCAGCGAUCGUCGUGAUAUAAAAACGAAGAAACAACGCUAAGGUGUUUUGUCGUUCGGGGAAAACAAUUCGAGAGAUUGCCGUCACAAAGUGACAUUAUUAUCACUCGUAUUCUCGGUGUAAUUAAUUUGAUAUCGAGCACGAUUAAUUCCUUCGUCCCGAAGGAGGUUGCGAUCCUGCUAGCUCGCGACCUGAUAAAACAAUAGAUUAUUGGUCAGUGAAGCUCUACAAGAGAGGACGAUCGAAUCAUAUUGCGAAACACUGUGUGCAGGAUGAGUAAAGAAUCUUUCAUCGAGUCUUUAUCGCAUCUUCGACGAUGCUUAUACUUGCAUGUAUUUAUCCGCGCUCGAUGAUUUAUUCUUUCCAGAAGGCGAUAAGAAUACGCGCGAUAGAUCGAUGAAAGUAUCGAUGAAAAUCGUUCAUUAAAACGUAUCUUCCUUUCAUUUUCGAUAGAUAUUAUUUAUUCGAAACGUUAGACAAAAGUCCUCUUCCAAAGUCUCGAAUCAGCGAGUCGAUUCGACAAUGCCGUCGCGAGGAAUAUUAAUUUGGAGACGUUCCUUUCGCGUCGUCGAAGAUUACACUUUUCAGAGACAUUCCAGCGUCGCGAACUAAGAUGUCAGUUUCCAGGAAAGCGCUUGAAUAAGCAAAGAGCGACGUUUGCAUAAAAUGCGAGUCUGAACGGAACAAAGAGACACGUGAUCGCACCGAAGAGGCAAUCAUUAGAAUCGAGGAGUAUAAGUCGUUUGCACGGUAAGUUGUCGAAAUGCCAUUUGGAAAUGGCAAAGGGAUUAUUUGCGCGCACAUACAUACACAAAUAACAUGAUUGCCUCGACGCUUCUCAUUGAAAACGAUCUGCGUUUAAGGAUUGUUUGCGUUUAACACAAGUCUGAAGGUCGACUUCAUCGAGCAUCAAUUUUAAUGGUAAUUUCUGUAAGUCCUUCCUCUAUCUAUUUCUAGUUUUAAAGAAGUGAAUUGUUUUUAUUCGUAUUUAUGUCAAAAAACGUUAUACCCGAUAUCUUCGUCUUUUUAUCCGAUUCUUUGUAUUUUUUUUUUUUUUUUUAUAUUUACGUAUGUCACUUUUUAAUGUUAUUAUUUUUAAUAGAAAUUAAGAAUAUUGUCAUUCGACUUUCAUUUAUCAAGCACGCAUGUCGAAGAUGAAAAUCGUUCAGAUCCGUCACGUUGCGAAAAGACUCUCUUAACUUAACGGAGUGUGAUGCCGAAAACAGACGCUAUCGUUGGCGUAUAAUUUCAUAUAAUGAAAAACCACACAAUAUUUCCUGCCUACAAACUGAUUUAUCCUAGUAUGCAGACCAGAAAAAUCGUUGGACGGUUUAUCAAAUCAUCAUCCAGUAGAGUCGACAUUGAUUGUAAGCGCCCUGCCAACAAAGAUUACAAUAAUAAUGAUGAUGAUAAUGUGAUGACCUUCCAUACGAUCUUGGAAACAAAGACUGCUCCCAAUCGAAUGUCAGCGCGUUGCUGGACCGCAAAGUCGAUCCUCUAGCAAGAAGUGUCUUUUCGCGAGGGACACUCAACUAAUCUCCUUUCCGUUCGAGGCGUGCCCAACUGCCUUAAUCAGCGAGUUCUGGGCGACCACUGCCACAACGCGCGCGUCACGUCGGCGAACGCAAUUUUAUUUAAGGAAAAAAAAAAAAUAGAACGCGCGCUCGCGGAGUUUCGCGUUUUAUCGUAUAAAGGUGAAGCUUCGAAUCGCGGAUGACGCGGAGUCACACUCGUGCAUUUCGUUCCCUAAUGUAAAUAGAUAAGUAGACAAUUAAGAAAUGUUUUCCCUCUCCUCUUUUGCCUCGAUUAUUAAUACGAUUUUAUGCGUAGAUUUUAAUAAUUUAUUCUCUAGCUAGAACCACCUCUCUCGUGUGUAUAUAUAUUAUAUACCCGAGAUAUAUAUAUAUAUGUAUGUGUAUAUAUAUAUAUAUAUAUAUAUAUAUAUAUAUAUAUAUCGUAUAUAAUAUAAUAUUACAUAUAUGUCGCACGAUCCAAUUCUUGUAUUAGCGCGAACACGCGUUUAGGGGAUGAUCGAUAUCUCGAAUUUAGAGCGCGGAUUAGGAAGAGAGAAAGAGAGGAUGCCCUUCAAAGGGUCUCAACAAGAUAGAAAAAGGCCGUCACGGUAAUCGCGACGACAGUUUUGCAAUUUCUCGUCUCGAAAUUAUUGUAAAAGCCGCAAGGGAACAAGCAUUGUAAGAAGACUGUUUACGUCAAUUUCAAUAAGGAUCAUUAACUUUAGGGAGAAUUAUACGAUCAUUCGAGUUAAUUCCUCAGUGUUACGUCUGUCUGAGCGAAGCAAAUAAAUUCAUAUUUAAUACCUCACACCAUCCAUUCUGUCGCGUCUCUCUUUCGUUGGUCUCUCACCUCAGUGAAAUCUCUGCGAUUCUGCGUUGCUUCUUGGCUCUCGCCAAGCGAUAUAUACAGUUUUUUUUUUUUAAGUUUUAUUCUUUCAAAUCAUUUCCUCGCAUGUAAUUCUGUAGCCGUUAUCGAUGAAAUCUGUAAAACAUACUCGAUUAGAUGUGUUACGAGAAUGUGUGAUCGGAGUUUCAGCGUUAAAUUAUUAAUAUCGUAUCUUUCUUUGACAUUUUCAUACAAAUAAAGUGUUUAAUCGAAGAACAUUGGGCUUUAAA